AUGAAACAUAUGAUGUUGAAUGCAGUUCUGAAAUUGAAACUAUUUAAACCAUCAAUGUGUAUGAAGAGUCUUACUUAGACACUGAGUUAUUAAAUGCUGAAACUCAUAGACUUAAGCACAAACCCUUGA